AUGUCCACCCAAAGCAACUCCAGCAGCAGAUACUUGACCCACGAACUCGUAAUCCAGAUCUUGCUGAGGCUGCCCACCGCGUCUUCUCUCGCCCGAUUCCGCUGCGUCUCCAGAUCAUGGCGCUCCCUCCUCUCCGAUCCCGAAUUCAUCCGCAAUUUCCUCUUCCACCACAGUUCCAAGGACGGGACUCGCCUCAGGAUCAUGAUCAAGCGCCUCUGCUACGACCGGUCGGUUUACUCCCUCCACCGCUUCGACACGCUCCGCCACAUCUCCACCGCCGCAGCCGCCGAAGAGGAGGAAGAAUUGCCCACCGCUCCCUACAAGGUUCGUUGGCCCAACGGUUCUUCACAAUUGGACAUUGUCGGCCACGCGAACGGGAUCUUCUGCAUAGCCGAUGGGAACAGCGACGGUGCCUCGGAUAUCAUACUGUGGAAUCCGGAGACCUCGGAGACGAGAGUUGUGCCUGUUUCACCCUUUGCUCAUAUGAGCGGGUUCGUUGUCUGGGGCCAGCAAGAGCAGAUUGGGUUUGGUUUCGACCCCGAAUCGAACGACUACAAAGUCGUUCGAACUCUGCAGUUCACUCAGGGCGGUAAUGAUAAUGAUGAUGAUGACGACGAUGGUGAUGGUAAUUAUUCACAGGACGAGGAGGAGGAGGAGGUGGAAGAGGACGAGUCGUCGCUGGAAUUGAGUGAGGUCUUCAGCCUAAGGCAUGGUUCGUGGAGGAAACUCCAAGGUGGGUUCACCCCUGGGCUGCUCUACAGCAUUCCUGAGUGUCAUGAAGGAAGAUACUACUGGUGGUGGGAUGAAGGCCCCGACGGCUGCUCGACUUUCGUUUCGUUCGAUAUCAGAAGUGAAGUGUUUGAGACUGUGGAAGUGGCCAAUCCGGUGGGAAUGUCGUCGGAUUUCUCCAUCCGAUCCGUCUCCUUGGUGAAAGGAUCGGUCGUGGCUGUAUUUUCGGAUAUGGAGACAGUUGAUGAACCCAAUUCGUUGGAGGUAUGGGCGCUGUUAAACUUUGCAGGAGAAGGAUGGAUCAAGUUGUACAGCAUUGCGAGCACUCUACUGAUGAAUUGCGUCCAUCCGGUGGGGAUAUGGAGAAACGGGAGGUGUUUCCUGCAGAGGUAUGAAGAUGGAGAGCUCAUCGUCUUUGAUCCCGAAAUCGGAAGUAUUGUUACUACUGAUGUUCAGCUGCAGGGAGAAUGGCAGUUUUUUCAAAUCGUUCCUUAUGCUCCAUCUCGAAUUUCGCUGUCGGAGUUGGCCUGA